UUGCGACCGACCACUGUCUGCAAGGGGUGUUCUCAGCAGAUGUUCUGAACACACUUUCACGCGACUGUAAUGCUCAUUCGGAACACCAACGGCAUUUAUGACGGGCUCGUUCGGCGUCGCUUGUCGACAUUUGACUUGAACUAGUUUGUUUAUCCUGAAAUAUGUGUUGCUGACUCAACAAGAAGAUGCAUGCCACAACGUGCUUCGUUCUUCUUGUCACCUCCUUCUUGUAUGUGGGAUGUGACAACUGGCAGGAAUGGUGGACCUACGAUGGAAUUUCCGGGCCGGGUUACUGGGGCCUCAUGAACCCCCAGUGGAAUAUGUGCUCGAAGGGAAGGCGACAGUCACCCAUCAACGUGGAACCCGAGAAGUUGCUCUUCGAUCCCCACUUACAACGCAUUCACUUGGACAAACACAAAGUGAGCGGAACGCUACACAACACAGGACAAUCGUUGGUCUUUAGGGUAGACAAAGACACCAAACAACACGUGAACAUUUCGGGGGGACCCCUCGCCUAUAGAUACCAGUUUGAGGAAAUAUAUAUACAUUAUGGAGUCGAAAAUCAACAGGGAGGAUCCGAACAUCACAUACACGGAUAUUCGUUUCCUGCAGAGAUUCAAUUCUAUGGGUUCAACAAACAACUCUACCACAAUAUGUCGGAGGCACAACAUAAAUCUCAAGGCAUUGUGGGAAUAUCCAUAAUGGUUCAGAUCGGAGACAUCCCCAAUCCCGAAUUAAGGAUAAUCACCAGCGUUUUCAACCGAGUGACGUACAAAGGAGCUUCCACACCAAUAAAACAUAUAUCUCUGAAAAAUAUGCUGCCAGACACAGAGCACUUCAUGACAUAUGAAGGCUCCACGACUCAUCCAGGCUGUUGGGAAACUACUGUUUGGAUCAUCCUUAAUAAGCCCAUUUAUAUUACCUACCACGAGCUCUACCAACUCAGGAAGCUGAUGCAGGGUUCGAAAGAAGCACCCAAAGCCCCCUUGGGCAACAACGCCCGUCCGGUCCAGCCGCUCCAUCAGAGAACCAUCAGAACCAACAUCAACUUCAAGAAUGCCCAGACCAACACUUUAUCCCAAUGGAGCAACGUAGUAAGUCAGACCAGCAGCUGUCCCACCAUGCACAAGGAGAUGUAUUACAAAGUUAAUAAAUGGACUACUGACUAUGACAGAGACCAGCACUCGUUGUCUAGGACGCAUUCGCUACAAUGAGAUGCAGCAGUAAAAUGAAGCUUUGUAUAUACCUAAUCGAGAAAUUAAGGACGCAUUUUGUGAUAACGUACGCAAUAAUGACCAAGUGAAGUGUUGUAUAAACCCGUGUUAUCUGGAGAUUUCGCACAGGGUGCGUGUACGAGCUCUUCAGACGGAAUGUCUAAUGUGUUAAGUGUGUAGGGCGCGAGCAUUAGGCAUUAUGUGUGACGAUUAUACAAUAACUAAACCAUGUCCAGGUAAUGAAUAAGGCAAACGAGAUAUUUUAUUAUUUAACGAGAAAAUUAAUUACGCUAAUAAGAGUUAAAUUGUCUGCAGAAGCAAAUACUUAUAUUCAUUUCAAUCUUGUCUGUAUGUCAGCUUGGACGAAAUGAAACUCGAAGUCUGAGAAUAAUCGGGCAUCAGCUGGCACUUAAUUAAAGUAAUGCCCACCUCGGAGCCCUUGAUUCACUGAGACUGUGACAAACUGGCAAACUUCGAGAUAAUCCUGCCAGAAUUUCUUUUCGAAUUAAAAUAGUGAUCCACCUAAAUCUUCAAAUUUAAUUCAGCUUCUCUUUAAAAAAUAAAAUAAAUUUCAUUAAACUACAAUUACGAAUUUCAGCUUGUUUGCGGAUAAUUCCUCAAAAUGAUUAAAAGCAAAUCUGUGUUUAAAUACACAUGUGAAACAUUAGACUAAAUCAGAAACAACUAUACAACUGGAAUUAUGCCGUUAUGCGGGGUAACUUGUACUAAACCUAUUAUAAACAUGGCGACCCUUACUAACUUAAAGACAAAUACACGCGGAAACAAAACAACCAAAACAACUCCAGCCAACGUUUAAUGUUAAAAGUACAUACAUUAUUCAUAAAUAAUUUCAUGUAGGAGCACAGUCUCGAUACAUUUAAUAUUUUAAUAAUGACUUUUUAUCGAACGAAUGAUCAUCUAAAUAAUUGGACAUGUUUAAUUAAACGACUUUAUCCUUAUGCUACGAACUGUUCCAAUUUCACGUCUCAGACUUCGAACGCGUUAAAAUUUAGCAAUGACUUUGUAUGCUUCGUAAGUAGCACUUUAAUGUAUAUUGCCAAAUUGUAAAAUAUAGAUUAAUACAAAAUAAACAUUUAUUAACAAA